UCAACAGGGCCGCCGGAGCCGGGGGGCACGGGGGCACAGCCCCCUUGUUUGGAAAAAGUGUGGAAAGUGCCCUUUUUUGAAAAAAAAUAUUGCGUGCACUAUUUAGAUAGUGAUAAUCUCUAUUCUGUGUUUCUGCCUCGAUUUGAAACUAUUUGCAAUUCAACCGGUCUAUUGAAAACACGAAUAUUAUCUGAGCUGCAUAAAAAUCGAAUUGAACCAGUUAAUCGUGGUCUAAAAUCAUUCUUUUGAACCUUGUUACUUCAAUUUUACUCCGAUAUGUCAAUGGAAAAUGGUAAAGAGACUGACAGCAGCCCGUCUGACGAUAGGCCACCGUGUCAAGAUGCCAGAGCAGAUGCUUCAAUUCCCAAUUUUGUUGAACCAGAAAGAGUCAUUCUAAAGCAAGGAGAUUUGCCAAAAUGGCUUCGCUCACAAGCAUACAAGGACUUAAUUGGCUUUAUUACUACUCUAAAUGAAUCGAUCAAGGGAAGGUCUUUACAUGAAAAUUUCCACGUUUCCGAACCAGUGUUGAAAAUUUCAGCUGUCCUAGGCAUGUUGGACACGUGGAUAGAUGAAAUUCCUCCCGUCGAACAACCUCAAAGAUUUGGAAAUAAAGCAUUCAGAGACUGGUUGAGUAAGCUCAAUGAAUGUGCCGAGGACAUCCUCAGUCCAAUACUGAAUGACAAAUAUACAGGGGCUGUGUCUGAACUAAAGUCAUAUUUCUGUGAUGGGUUUGGAAACAUAACGCGUAUAGAUUAUGGCACCGGACAUGAAGCUGCAUUUUGUGCAUUCAUGUGUUGCUUAUAUAAGCUGAGGAUAUUCACAGAGAGAGACAAUCUUGCACUUGUUUUUAAAGUGUUUCAUGAAUACCUUGAACUCACCAGGAAACUACACAAGGUAUACAGAAUGGAACCUGCAGGAAGCCAGGGUGUCUGGGGCCUGGAUGAUUUCCACUUCCUGCCAUUUAUUUGGGGUAGCUCACAGCUGGUGGAUCACCCAUCAAUCCUUCCAUGCCACCUAGUUGAGCAAGAGACUGCGAUACGUUACAGCAAUGACUACAUGUUUUUUGGUUGUAUAAGAUACAUCAAUGAAACUAAAACUGGUCCCUUUGCAGAACACUCAAAUACCCUUUGGAACAUCAGCAGUGUUCCUUAUUGGUCCAAAGUAAACACUGGAUUAAUGAAAAUGUACAAAGCUGAAGUUCUUAGCAAGUUUCCUAUAGUCCAACAUUUCAGAUUUGGAACAUUAAUGUCCUGUAAGCAAGCUUGAUUUCUUUGUUUUUUCAAAAAGUUCUUGAAGAAUAGAUGCUGGAAAUGAGCUUUCUGGCAUUGACAAAUAGUUUGUAUCAAAGGCUUGAAAUGAUUAUUUAUGGUUGAUACAUUUUAUCAAUUGGCAUAAUAUAGCAACUGGGAAUAAUAUAGAAGAAUACUGCCAAUGUAUUAAACUAUUAUAGCAAAUGCUGUUGAUAACAAAUGAGACUUGA